AUGGACCGACCCUCAAGUACAGACGACCCAUUUUCCCUCGCAAAGCGAAGCUGGAUCGACCUCACGUGGACCCUAUGGGAAGAGCCAGUCCAGGAUAAUACAGAACCGAACUUGCGUAGACAUGGGAGAUCUUGGGAUCUGUUGGCCAAAUCAUUGGUAUAUUUUUUGAGGUCAAUAGAUAUCACAGGCUUCAACUUCAUCAAGGCGGCUUGCCCUUCACAACAAGGGCCUCACCUCAUGUAUUUUAGCUUUAUCACAGGUUUCAACUUUAUUGAAACGGCUCGCCCUUACAGCAAGGGCACUGCCUCAUUAGAUCUAGUCUUUUAUGAAAUGCGACAAAGGAGAUGCACAGUUUUCCCAAGAAAGCCAUGGGGUUAUAGAGAGGAAAGGAGCAUUGAAGAUAUUGAAACAGCGAAAGAGAAGCUAAAUUUUACCAGUGGUUGCUUUAUAUUAUCUGGUAUUGGAGGCAAGAUUGUGAAUAUAAGCAUUGUUUCUGAUGAUGAAAAGCUAUAUUUAGUUGAUUGCAGCCCAAUGUGA